AUGACAGUGAAAGUCACAAUCACCUCCACAGAAACUAUCAAACCAGCUUCACCAACUCCCCACCACUUAAAAGCCCACAAGCUCUCCUUUCUUGAUCAGCUCCAUCCUACUAUCUUCAGUCAUGUUGGCCUUUACUAUCUCCCAGAUAACUCCCAUAAUUCCCAGCCGCCUAAUGUCGCCGGUGUAUUGAAGGAAUCACUCUCAAAGGCCUUAACCCUCUUUUACCCCCUCGCCGGAAGAAUCGACAGCGACCAGCAUUCCAUCGAUUGUAACGACGAGGGGUUGUACUACUCGGAAGCCCUGGUGAAUUGUCAUCUGUUAGACUUCCUCAGGAAACCGGAUCUCGACUUGCUAAAUGAUUUCUACCCUUGCCAUCCGACUAAGCCCGAACCGUUUGCAAGAAUUUACCCGGUUAUGAUUCAAGUCAAUGUUUUCGAGUGCUCUGGGAUUGCUAUUGGUUUGUGUCUUUCGCAUAAAGUCCUUGAUGGAAUCUCAACUAGUUCAUUUCUAAGAGGUUGGGCUUCUUGUGCUCUCAAGUGCUUCAAGACUGUCUCUCCUUCUUUCAAUGCAGCAUCUUUGUUCCCGCCAAAUAAUCAACUUCCGAUGGACUCCAUCGCUUCAUUGGGGAGAUCCAUGAUCAAAAUGGGAAAUUCCGUUACGAGGAGAUUCCUUUUCGAUGCAUCAGCAUUGUCCGCUCUCAAGAGCAAAGGCGAUAUGGGUACGGGUAUCCGGUCCCCGUCUCGGGUCGAAGCUGUGACCGCCUUCAUUUGGAAAUGUGCCAUGUCUGUUUCUGAAGCAAAAUCAGGUAUCCGAAAACCAUCUAUUCUGUCCCAUGCAGUGGAUUUGCGAAGAAGAAUGGUGCCACCUCUGGAAGAAUACUCAAUGGGGAAUCUCCUUUGGAUUCCAAGUACACACUGCAGGAUUGAAGAUGAGAUGGAGCUGAAUUCCCUGAUUGGUAAGCUCAGAGAAACAAUCACGGAAAUCGAUGCCGAUUUCGUUAGAAAACUGCGGAAUGGGGGUGGGUUGUCCAUGAUUUCCAAGAAUGUGGAAGAGAUGGCUGAGUUGUGCUCCAAGGGUCCGGUGGAUUAUUACGGGUUCACGAGUUGGUCCAGAUUUGGAAUAUAUGAGACUGAUUUCGGGUGGGGAAAACCCGUUUGGGUUAGUAGUCACAAGAUAACAGGAUCAAUGUUCAUGAAUUUGGUCCAUAUGUUGGAAACAGGAGAAGGGGAUGGGAUGGAAGCAUGGAUAACAUUGGAUGAACCUGAGAUGGCCCUGCUACUAGAUCAUCAGGAGUUCCUUGCGUUUGUAUCUGUGGAUCCAACUCCAUCAAACUGA